CUUCUUGUUGGCGGACGUCGACAUGCAGUCAGCAUUGUCCGAAAAUAAGCAUGCAUACAUUUGCGUCAUUUGUGUUCAUCCUCAUUUCUGCUCAUUUUCUUGUUGAGUUUGUGCAACAUGGUGUUGCAGCUGUGGCAGUCAAUUUUACAGCCAACGCAGAAACAGGAGCAAUGAUGAGAAGGAAGAAGAGGAUGACAGGCUUAUUGAUGUCAUGGCAUGCACAGACAGCCAUUGGAGCACCACUGACAGCUUACAACAAUGAGUUCCCAUUUGUGGUCUCAAUCCGUGUGAGACGGACCCAUUUGUGCGGUGGAGCGAUAGUGUCUGCGUUCCACGUGCUCACGUCGUCCGUGUGCUGCAUGGAUGUUGAGCCACUCGCUGAAACUGCAGCUACAGUGGUUGCAGGGUCCCACAGACUCCUGGAAAGUGACGAGAAUGAGCAGAGUCGCAAAAUUGCAAGCGUCAGCAUUCAUCCUCGUCAACUGAAGGUGUCUGGUGCCCUAUAUGCCUAUGACGCAUGCAUUGCAAAGCUUGGGAAAGGUUUGCGUCUGGAUGAAACAGUGUCACCUGUUCCCCUGCAACCUGCACUGCCAUAUAUGGGAACCCGUUUCAUGCCAGGCACUGCUGCAGCCAGCCUGGUUUGCGCAGGCUGGGGCUCAUUCGGGCCAACCCACGCCGUGUUGUCCAACUAUCUCCAACGCAUGGUGUUUCGUGUUCCGCAGUACGAACAGCAACUCAUCGCUUGUCGCGACAUACAAGGCUUCGACCUGGAAACCAUGAUGUGCAUCUCUGGCAGUCCACUGCUUGGCAAGCACAUGUGUCGGGGUGACAUGGGAAACCCCCUGGUUGCAGCAUCGUCAGCAACAGGAAAUGUUGAGCUGGUUGGGAUCGCUUCAUCUAUACUCGGGUGUGGGAGGACUCCGACUGUUUUCGUGUCCGUGAAUGCACUCGCUGACUGGAUUCAAAGUGAGAUUUCCAACAAGUUACCUGUGAAAUGAUGACAACAAAAAAAAAAACAACAGCAAGAAGCAAAAUCGCAUUCUUCUGAACCUGUACUUGAUUUGAAGUACUGUACCUGCAGCAACCGAAAUGACAUUCAGAAGGAAUGGAAAGAAUCACGAUCAGGUCAUUCUCGUCACUAUCCAUCAGUACAUAGUACAGUAUAGGGUGAAAUGAAGACUCUUUCGAUGGUCGAAAGUCUCCGGAAGUAAGAUUGGUUCAUAUUGCACUUACUUUUGUUCACUGUAACCCUGUGGAUGUACAUGAUGGUUGAUUAUUCGUAAACAUGUACAGUAUAAGACAAGCUGAAAUUUUCCGGGGAUCAUGUUUUAUAUACCAGACCAUUAUAAAAUGGAUUUUUAUUUUUGUUUUUCAAACUUGAAAUUAUAGUCGAAAUGACUGCAGCCGCCCGACCCCGGAAGAAUAACCGCCGCGUUUCUUACGCUGUCAGUGAAAAAAAAAAGAAGCGACAGCCGGCAGUUUUUUUUUUUU